GCAGCUGAUAGCGUUGUCUUGUGUGGAUGAUGGAGGAGAGGCUACAGCCUCCGCUGGACCAACUUGUCUGUGCCCCGGUUUUUGAGGACUUCACUUUAGUAGUCUAUGAGAAAUGGCAACGUAAGCGUGCAGUCAUCGAGAUAAAAAUAAGGCUCUAGCUCUGGUCAUGAUGGAUGCCCGAAUGUCAGAAAGUGGAGUUGCUAGUCUGAGGACUCAUUUUCAUGGACCCAGCUCGUGCAAUAAUGCUAAUGGGAAAAGAAUAAUGUCUAAAAAAUCGCGUUCAAAAAGAGGCAAAAGAGGAAAGAGGCGACGAACUAAAAAGACAAGGAAUAACAAAGCACCACCAUAUUUACCACCAGAGGCAGAAGAGGGAAAUAUUGAAUAUAAGCUCAAACUGGUGAACCCUACUCAAUAUAGAUUUGAGCACCUGGCCACACAAAUGAAGUGGCGUCUGCAGGAAGGACGAGGAGAGGCAGUGUACCAAAUCGGGGUAGAGGACAAUGGCUUGCUAGUUGGUCUGUCAGAAGCAGACAUGAGAGCUUCACUGAAGACCCUGCGCAGGAUGGCAGAAAAGGUUGGUGCUGAUAUCACACUACUCAGGGAGAGAGAGGUGGACUAUGACUUGGAAAGAAACUCUCGUAAAAUCGCAGAGGUUCUUGUUCGAAAAGUUCCAGAUGACCAGCAGUUUCUAGACCUUCGUGUUGCUGUUCUGGGAAAUGUGGAUUCUGGGAAAUCGACUCUAUUAGGUGUCCUGACACAAGGAGAGCUAGAUAAUGGCAGAGGUCGAGCACGCCUCAACCUGUUCCGGCACCUUCAUGAGAUCCAGACUGGGAGGACCUCCAGCAUCAGCUUUGAAAUUCUGGGGUUCAAUAGCAAAGGAGAGGUGGUGAACUACAGUGACUCCCGUACAGCUGAAGAGAUUUGCGAAAGCUCCUCCAAGAUGAUCACUUUUAUUGACCUGGCAGGCCACCACAAGUACCUGAAGACCACUAUCUUCGGCCUCACUAGCUACUGCCCGGACUUUGCCAUGCUAGUAGUCAGCGCUAACACAGGCAUAGUCGGUACCACUCGAGAGCACUUAGGCCUGGCCAUGGCCCUCAAGGUGCCGAUCUUCAUCGCCGUUAGCAAGGUGGACUUAUGCGCCAAGGGUACGGUGGAGCGGACCGUGCGCCAGCUGGAGCGAGUGCUCAAGCAGCCCGGAUGUAACAAGGUCCCCAUGGUGGUGGCCAGCCCAGACGAUGCUGUCACUGCUGCCCAACAGUUCGCUCAGUCCUCCAGCAUCACACCAAUAUUCACACUGUCCAGUGUGUCCGGGGAGAGUUUGGACCUGCUCAAGGUGUUCUUGAACAUUCUCCCACCCCUGAGCAACAGCAAAGAGCAGGAGGAGCUCAUGCAGCAGCUGACAGAGUUCCAGGUGGAUGAGAUUUACACAGUACCAGAUGUAGGCACUGUGGUGGGUGGAACGCUCUACAGCGGGGUGUGUAAGGAGGGCGAGAGGCUGGUGGUGGGUCCCACGGACGAGGGCCGCUUCCUGCGCCUCAGGGUGGGCAGCAUCCAGAGGAACCGCUCAGCCUGCAGGGUGCUCAGGGCCGGCCAGGCCGCCACGCUGGCUCUGGGGAACUUUGAUCGUUCUCUGCUCCGGAAGGGCAUGGUGAUGGUCAGCCCUAAGAUGAACCCCACUAUCUGCUGUCGGUUUGAGGCGGCCAUCGUUCUCCUGUUCCACGCCAAGACGUUCCGCAGAGGCUCCCAGGUCACGGUGCACGUUGGGAACGUGAGACAGACAGCCACUGCUGAGAGCCUGCAUGGGAAGGAGGAGCUGCGUACGGGCGAGCAGGCGGUGGUCUGCUUCCGCUUCCUCAAGCAUCCGGAGUACCUCCGCCUGGGAGCCAAGCUGCUCUUCAGGGAGGGCGUCACCAAGGGCAUCGGCCAUGUCACACGCCUGCUGCCUGCUUCCCAGCACCAUGACCAGAACCACGACCAGAACCUGAAGGACCACUGAUUAGGGAGUGGCACGGGUGGAGAAGGAGAGGAGGAACACCACCCUCUCACACACGCACUCCAGACGGAGACAGAUGCCCAGCACUGGUCCGUGAUUGCCCAACCCAUCCCGAUACGUGGACGUCAUCAGAGUGGAUUGGAUUCCACACAUCACCCAUGAGCAUUUAAAUCAGUGCCACUGUUUUGCCACAUAUUUACGUCCUUAUUUACCCACACUGUUGUUCCACGUCGGGACAUGUAUUUGAUCAGACAAUGUUGAUCCCUUUGGGAUUCUGGAGCAAAGCUGGAAUAAGUAUCCCUCUCCUGCCCUCUGCCCUCCAGCAUCUGAUAGUAAUGCUGGGUGACCCGUUUAAGUGCUAAAGAAAAAAACUAACUUGCUGAAAUCCUGAAGCAGAUUGCUUAAAAAAGGCAAUUCUCAGCAUCAGUCUGGUUCCUAUCCCUGGUUUAUUCUGCUUCUCUCAAAAUUCAUGUGAGACAGACAGAAAAGAGGCAUUGUUUUGAGAUAAAAUAGGGAUAUAUUUGACUGCAAAUCUGUUUUUGGAUAGGCGGAUCCAAUGCAGUAGUUGCUUGCUUAAUUUUUAUUUCGAGUAUUUAGGGAUUACAUAGACUAAAUACCAGGAUGUCCCAUGAAAGUCCUUUCAACAUGGUCGCCAGUGUUUAAACGUUGCAUGGAAGCAAGGGCCAAACCAAACUUUGACAUUUGAUUUGAGCAUCAGCCUAAUGCCAUCUUAAAAGUGUGUGUAGCUGUUAUAUAAUUCCCAGAGGGAACAAGGAAUAGGAAGGUGCAGUGACUGCCCUUGCUAGAAUGAAAGAAUGUAAGAUAGGUGGUGAAUCAACCAUUAAAAUGGACGCUUUCUUUGUUUCACUCAUCCCAGAUUAAUGGCUAAAGUACAGUAGUGAAAGUCCACAACUGAAGACAAAUAUUAUGUAUGUAUGUAUUAGUAUGUCCUCUGGUGUAUCUUCAGCACUUUAACUUUAGUCAAUUGUGAGGUUAAGAGACCAAUGAACCCAUUUUAAUGAGAGAAACGCACCGCACCUGCAUCAACUAGGUAUAUACCAUUGUGUAAUUACAAUGCUGUAUGUUGCUUUUAAAAUACAUUCCCAAAUAAGUGGUGUGUAUUUGAAGUAAUGCUUUUUUUUUUUUACAUUUUCAUAAUGUUGCUGUGGAUGUGAUGUACUGUUAUCUUAAAGGUACAUUUCAGAAGACAAUGAGGGCUUAAAGACUUUUAGUCUAGUCAUUUUAUGAAAAAAGAUAAGACAAAUUGCAACAGAAGCAAACUCAACUGAUUUUGUAUCCUCAAUAUGUCCUGAGUAAGGAAAAAAAGCCCAGAAGAAUCCCAUUAGGGGAAAGUUUUGAAAAAGACCCAAAUAUAGCCUAUUCAUACGCCUAUUCAUUCUUUUUCUCACGUGAAUAGGGUAAAUGUCUUAACCUUUAGAUAUCACCAUGAAAAUUACUGAGUUGAUUACUUACAUGAAGACAAACAAAACAUUUAUUACACGUUUUUUGAAUUUUUUUGUUAACAUGGGCAAACAGUGCAUAAUCUAAUUAGGUAUGUGCUAAUUUGCAUAAAUACCACAACAGAUCUAAACAUUGGGUAUAGCCAGGUGAAAAUGUCUUGUUGAAUCUUGUUGACAUAUAACAGUAAAAUACUUAACGUUAAGGUCUGAAUGGAACCCAUUUAAGCUACCCAUGAGCAUAAAUACAUAGAGGCAGGAAGAAGUACUUUAAACCAGCCUUAAUUAAUUAAUAUCGCAGAGAUGGGGUUUGGGCUAGGUCGUUUCACCAAUAAUAGUCGUACCACAGCUCAACACACAUCUAGAUGUUCCCAAAAAAUUGUAAUUGAUCGCCAGGUAUGUUUUAUUAAUGUAGGUUGAAUAAUCCAUGUAUGAGAAACAAAAGUGACAGUUGAUUGACAGUUGAGUGGACCUUGAAUGAAUGACUGAAUCUCUGCCCCUUAUGGUGACAUUUGUUUGCCUCUAUAGUCUUUUACUGUAAGAUGUCAACAAGAUUCUACAAGACAUUUUCACCUGGCUAUAUCCAAUGUUUAGAUAUGCUGCAAAUUAGUGCAUACAUUAUUAUGCACCGUUUGUUCAUGUUACCAAACAAUUUCAAAAAAAAAAUUUUGUUUGUCUUAAUGUAAGUAAUGAACUCAGUAAUUUUCAUGGUGAUAUCUAAAGGUUAAAAUGUUUAGCCUUUUCACAUGAGAAAAAGAAUGAAUAGGCGUAUGAAUAAGCAAUAUUUGGGUCUUUUUCUAAACUUUUUUUUCCUUACUCAGGACAUAUUGAAGAUACAAAAUCAAUUUGUCCUCGUUUGACCCCCAUUUUGGCUUAAAAUGACUGGACUAUUUAGUGAACAGAACCUUCUAUGUGUCAGUGGCAGCUUUGCACAUCUAACCAUGUUAGAACUGCAUGCCCAACCGUGACUUUAAUCCUCAGAAUAACUAGUCAAAUGUUUGAGAAUUGUCUGUUCCCUUGUAUUUUAUGAGGUUUUGUGCAAUUAUAAACAAAGCAUUGAAUGUACUGUACAUACUAGACCUCAGUGUUAUCAUAUUAUGGCACUACAAAUGUUAAUUAAACAUGUUGAUUUUGCACAUUUUGGAAUCUCUUCUGCAUGUAGUACUUAUUGUAAAAUCUGGUCUUGGGACAUUUCAAGUUAUGUAGACUUUAGUUUGAAGCUAUGAUACAUUGGGAUAUCAGUUUAAAGACUGAAUGAUACAAGCUGUAGUUUAUUAAUAAGAUAAUGCACCUUGAAUAAAUCAGAAAACAAUCUUAAA